AUGAAUAAUGCUCUAAAUAAUGACCAGGGGGUGGCAGGCUGGCAGGGGACUGUGAGGGGCACUGGAAGGGCUGGUCCCAAGAGGCUGAUCUCUGCAGGGGUCACAGGAGGGAUCCCCAAGGAGGAAGGAGGGGUGCCUGAGGACUGGAGGGGCUUAACUAAGGGCAGAGUGACUGGUGGAGGGAGCAGGAAUGGCGUGCUUGUGGGUCCCAAGGGCACAAGGGCUCAAGAGAGCAUUAGGGUGGCCGACCAUAGCCCUUGUCCUAGAGGCGGCCCGAAGCUUCAGAAGUUUUACAGAGCAGAGAGGGGAGACCAGAGCUUUCCCGGUGGUACAGUAUAA